GGAGCCCGAUCAUCAGGUUCCUACUCAGGCUACGGUAGUCGCUCAGUUCUGCGACUAUCACGCCGAAAAAUUCUCAGGGCAGGGAGAUCCCCGCAUCGUUGAUGAAUGGAUUCAGGGGUUGGAGUUCAUCUUUGAGGUUAUGGAAUGCCCCGAUAGGUAUCGCGUAGUUUGCGCUCAGCUUCAGCUCACUGGUGAUGCAAGGCUCUGGUGGAACGCCUACUGGAGCAUGCGUCCCGGUGAAAAGGCGGGUUGUACAUGGGACAUGUUCAAGGAGUUAGUCCGCGACAAGUACUACCCAUCUUACUAUCGGGCAGAGAUGGAGCGCCAGUUCUUAGCGCUUCAGCAGGGCACUCGUACUGUUGAUGAGUACGAGCGAGAGUUCACUAGACUUGCAGGUUUUGCACCGGAUCUUGUUCGCAAGGAGGCCCAGAGAGCUCAGCGGUUCAUUGAUGGACUUUACCCAGCAGUCCGUCACAACAUCGUGGGACACGGGACUCAGACCUACGCUCGUGCCGUUUCUAUCGCCCAGGAGGUGGACGCUAGUAUCAGGAGGGAGGCAGUUCGUGAUCGUGCCCAGCCAUCCGCCCCAGCUCAGCCAGUUGCAGCUCCACCAGCUCUACCAGCCCCUCAGCCAGCAAAGAACAACAAGAGGAAGGGGAAAGGUGCCCCGGCAGAUAAGAGGACCCGACGGAGGCUACAGCAGAUUCCACCAUGCCCGACUUAUGGUCGACUUCACAGGGGAGAGUGUCGUGCGGGACAGGAUAUCUGUUACUAUUGCCAGGAGCCGGGACAUUAUGCGAGUCGCUGUCCGAAGAGAUUCCAGCAGCAGCCUCAACAGCCUCAGCAGAACCCACAGCAGCAGCAGCCACCACAGCAGCCAGGUACUAUGUCCGGGAUGGUUGUUCUCAAUAAUAUUCCUGUGUUCGCUUUAUUUGAUACUGGAGCGACGCAUACUUUCAUUUCACGACGAUGUCUCGAUGCCAUCGGAGUUCACGUUGUUACCGCUGGCGAUCCUCUCGAGGUGAGUCUAGCCUCGGGACGAAAGAUAGUGACCUCAGCAAAAGCCUCAGAUCUUAGCCUUUCCAUCGGUGGCCGAGUAUUGACAGCCGACGCGUUUGUUCUCGAGAUGAGAGACUUCGAUCUUAUUCUCGGGAUGGAUUGGCUAUCCUUUUAUCAUGCAGACAUCAGGUGUCAUGACCAGGAGAUUACUCUUUAUCUUUCGGGAGACGAGUCGAUUACUUUCUUCGGAUCCAAGAACCGUUCACUGCCUCAUGUUAAGGCGCGAACACCUCAUGAUGUUCCAAUCGUUCGCGAGUUUGUGGACGUAUUCCCAGAUGAGCUUCCAGGAGGACCGCCCAAUCGUCAGGUGGAGUUUUCUAUCGAUCUUAUCCCAGGGGCCGGUCCAGUAUCCAAAGCCCCAUAUCGCAUGGCACCUAAGGAGUUACAGGAGCUUAAGACUCAGAUUCAGGAGCUGUUACGACUCGGUUUCAUCCGACCGAGCGUGUCACCUUGGGGAGCACCCGUUCUCUUUGUUAAGAAAAAGGACGGAUCUAUGCGCAUGUGUAUCGACUACCGGGAUCUUAACCGGUUGACGAUCAAGAAUAAGUAUCCGCUUCCCAGAAUCGACGACUUAUUUGAUCAGCUGAGGGGAGCCUGUGUGUUCUCGAAGAUCGAUUUACGAUCAGGCUACCACCAGCUGAAGAUCAAGGAGUCAGACAUCGCUAAGACCGCUUUCAGGACUCGUUACGGCCAUUACGAGUUCGUUGUCAUGCCUUUCGGUCUCAGCAAUGCGCCAGAUGUUUUCAUGGAUCUCAUGAACCGUAUCUUUCAUCCCUACCUCGAUCAGUUCGUUAUUGUCUUUAUUGACGAUAUCCUUAUCUACUCGAAGAGCCAGAAGGAGCACGAGGAGCAUCUGAGGGUGGUUCUCGAAACCCUCAGACGAGAGAAGUUGUACGCCAAAUUCUCAAAAUGCGAGUUCUGGCUCCAGCGAGUAUCCUUUCUGGGUCAUGUGAUUACUCAGGCAGGCAUCGAGGUGGAUCCUUCUAAGGUUUCAGCCGUUCAGAACUGGUCGACACCGAGGAGUCCAUCUGAGGUUCGCAGUUUUCUCGGGUUAGCUGGUUACUAUCGCAGGUUCAUCGAGGGCUUCUCCAAGAUUGCCCUCCCUCUUUCCCAGCUGACGAGGAAGUCUGUGAAGUUCGAAUGGACUGAUCGAUGUGAGGCGAGCUUUCAGGAGCUCAAGAGGAGACUAACUUCAGCACCGGUGUUGACUAUCCCCGAUCCUUCUCGGAGUUUCACUAUCUUUAGCGAUGCUUCGAGACAGGGCUUGGGAUGUGUCCUUAUGCAGGACGGACAGGUCGUUGCGUAUGCUUCAC